AUGGAUUCCACCCCUCCGUUUAGUUGUGGUGACGAUGACACAGAUUGGCUAAGUGAAGAAGAUUUUUCUGGUGUGGCUAGCUUUAGUGGGAAGGACGAGGAACCCUCGUUUGAGACUGACUCUGAGGGAGGCGACACGACUGAAGAGGUCCACGGGAACGGAUUUGGCGUAGACCCGGUGCCAAGUGACGGGGAUGCUCCCGGCUUCAGGUCCACGGAGGAUUUUGUGGACCAGGUGUUUAAGACCGAGGAAGAGGCAUAUGCGGCGUACAAACAAUUUGCCCGCUUAAGGGGGUUUGGGGUAAGGAAGGGUGACGUGGCUCGAGUAGACGGUGUUUUGGUGCAGCGAGAAUUUUUUUGCCACCGGGAGGGUACAAGGCAUGCAAAACACUACGAUCGUCCAGACAGAGUCCGAGAGGAGAAGUUGGAGAGUCGCACGGGUUGUACGGCAAAGUUGAAAAUUUACUUAGAUGCACAAGAUCAGGUUUGGAAGGUCAGGAGGAUCGACGACAGCCACAACCACCUUCUUGCUGCAUCUAUGUUUAAUCAUCUUCUUCCUAGUCAUCGGAGUUUGAGCAAGAGCGAUAAGGCGCAGGUUGAUAGUUUGAAGAAGUUCGGUAUAGCCACAUCGAAGAUUAUGGCUUACAUGGCCGGGCAGUUAGGGGGGUACGGGAUGCUUCGGUUUACCAAAAGAGAUCUGUAUAACUAUGUUCACGGCCAGAGACUGUCUUAA